AUGAAAGGCUGCUGCACGAGCCAGAUCAACUUACGCCAGUGGGGUAGACUCGGAUUGAUUCUCUGCGUUACUUAUAAAUACAUACUUGUUUCGUGGGAGCAAGGCUUUAGGAAGGCGAGCCGCACAUAUGCCAGAUGUCCGUCUUGGAGAGGCAUUUGCAUCAUCGCCGCGGUGUGGUUGCCUGUGCAGCAACAGCCCCAACUCCAGCUGCCACCCCGUGCUUUCCAGGCAGUCAGCGGUACGCCCAAAUCAUCGAAAAUCGCAUCGCUUUCCAUUCCGCAUGUCUCUUCGCCGCCUGUCGCACCGCCAGAGCUUGAGGCACCAGGGUUCAAAGAGGUGUCAGCGCCGCCACCUCCGCUACAAGAGCCAUCGCUGCCACUGGAACAAGAGGACCAUCUGCCAUCUGUUGGAUCCGUCGGUCAUGCCGAGGGCACUUGUAGGCCAUGUGCCUUCGUCUUCAAGAAGGGUUGUGACAGUGGCAGCCAAUGUACCUUCUGCCAUCUUUGCCCACCAGGUGAAAAGAAAAGACGCAUGAAGGAGAAAAGCACGAAAAAAGCCACAGAGGCGCACUUGCCUCCUCCUUGCACCCGUAAGUUGUAG